CAUUGAAAACAGAUGAUCCUGCAAUUUUCUACAUCAACAGGCAUUGGCUCUGGCCCAGCUCUGGUUUCAUUGCUUCGAGAAGCCAGUGCGGAAAGUAGUCGUUGACCUGUCGCUGAGUCUGACACCACUCACAGCAGAGAGUGAGGAGGUUGUAGGUGGUCCCAUCUCCCUCCAGUUCACACAGCAACACCUCAUCGGGAGUCACACAAUGUCACCGGCUGAACUGAGGGUUGUGCUGCUGAUCCUGGGUUUUCUGGACUCCACACUCGGUGAUCCGUGUGUAAACCACACCGUCCUGGAUCAGCCCUGGAGGAGCGCGGAUUGUUCCAACACUGAGUGUACCAGUGGAGAGUUGAUGGAUGAUCGAAAUCUUGCAGUGAGAUGGUACAGAUUUAACAGUUCCGGAGGAUGGAAGAUUCCCGAGUCGGUCGUUCCAAAGUAUCGCUGCUCCGGGUACUACCCAGGCUGGUUAAACGGUUCCCAUUCCAACGUGGAAGAGGGGGAGGUGACCAGGACUGUCUGCUUCACUGUGGGUGAAGACACCUGUUACUGGAGCCUGGAGAUCAGGGUGAAAAACUGCUCCGGUUACUUUGUGUAUCAGCUGGGGCCAGCAGCCUGGUAUUAUGCUGUGUACUGUACAGAACCUAUGUCGGACACAAGUCGGGAACGCCAGGGAUUGGUAACUGGAGAGCCUGAUCCAGGGUUGACCACCAGCCCAGCAGGGUCUGUGAGCUCAGGUACAGAUUCCCAGUCAGACACAACUUGGGAAGCCCAGGAAACAAUGACAGGAGAGCCUGGUCUGGGUUUGACCACCAGCCCAGCAGGAUCUCUGAGCUCAGACUUGGAGGCUUCCACACUGGAACAGUCUACAGGAUUGUCUACUGGAGAGCACACCCAGGAACUGUCCUCUGUCCCAGCGGGAGACACAUCCUCAGACCUGGAGGUUUCCACAAUGGAUCAGCCCGAUGGAUCAUCUACAGGACAACCCACCCCAUCACCAUCCUCUGUCUCAGUGGGAGAGACAUCCUCAGUGGUGGCCAGGAGGAUCAAUGGGGACAAGGUGGUAGAUGUUGUCUACUUGGACAUGACCUUUGACAAAGCUCUGCAGGGCAGGCUGGUCGAGAAGGUUACAGCACAUAGUAUUGAGGCUGAAGAUGAGGUGUGA